AUGCAUAUCCUUCGCAACUGGCUGGUUUUCCAACCAGCUUACUUCCUCUUUGCGAUUCUGAUGGUCUCAAGCCAGGCCAAUGGUCAAGAUACCGAUCUUCCGGGACUUACGACCUCGACGACCUCCGCGGAAUCGACAUCGACAGGCACAGGUCUGCCGAGAAUAACAGACUCGACGACUUCCAUCCCGAUUCCCACAGCUACCGUCCCUCCAACAUCAAAUGCGCCGUAUAUGAAGCAGUCCAAUGUCCCCGAGGGUACCGUUUUUAUUGGCGUUGGCGCCGCUCUGGGAUUCAUCGCCUUCUCCCUGCUGGCAUGGCGGGCCAUGGUUGCGUGGUCGAUCAACCGCUCCGUUCGCCGCGCAGCCUACGAACUCGCGCAAUCCGAGAACAAGGCCCUGCUGCGCAACAAGAGGAAAUCCCGGCGUCAUUCGACCCGUCGCAAAUCUCGUCGCGAAACCAGGGGAACUUCGAUGAACAUGGAGAAGCUUGCCAAGCCAGAUAAUCGCCAGAGCCACUAUUCUACAACCAUGCACUCGGCCUCUCAAAGCAAUUUGUUCUUUUCGCCAACGGCAGGUGCUGGAAGUCAUCAAUCCAUGAAUAGAGCAUCGGCUUAUCUGCCCUCCGGCUACUACGCCGCUGGGAAUACAACUCUAGGACCAAGCCAAAGCCAAAUCAACCUCGGGCGCAGUCCGCCCGGGUCUCCUUCAUUGCCUCCAAGCCGUGGCCACGAGAGGACUCGCUCGUCCAACCAUGUGGGCGCAUCCACCAGCACUCUGAAUCUAAAUGUUCCGCCCCAGGGUAGGGCACCGAGUGCCUACCUCGAGGAUCUUUUUGACAGUCACUCGCCUGCACCGCCUCAUGAUCACAAUCAAUCUCAAUGA